AUGCCCCAACGCGACCCGGCACUAUCACAGCUGCAUCGGCUUGAACGACGCGUUGCCCAGGCUCUCGAGGAGGACCCGGAGCAAUUCAGCGUGGAAACAAUCCAGCCUAUGUUCGUGCCCCCAUGGUGGGAUCCACCGGAAAUCACCAUUGCCGACACACGCGAAGAAGCAAUCCAGCAACAUAACAGCCUCCCCCGAGACGCCACGAGGGUCUGUACCGAUGGUAGCAGUUACUAG